AUAUUGUAUAGCAAUAGAUGUAAUGAAAUAGAUCAGCCAGGUAAAACAUCACGCAGGUCCCAGGAAGAAAUGAAAGUAAAAAUCCUGAGUUUCUCGUGGUUGUCAAAAACUAAAAUUGCAGAAUGAUUACUGUGAACAGAAGAGGAAGAAAACGUCAGUUUCUGCAAUUAAUUUUUACAUGUUUUUUCUUCUCUCUUGUCCUCCUUUAUUGGGAGCAACUGGAUGCAAAUGUCAUUAGUCAUGUGAAAUCUUAUUCAUACAGAUAUCUCAUCAAUAGAUACAGUUUUUUGAAUGAUAGCCUGACUUUGAACAAGGAGAUAGCAGUUAGCCUUCAUAGCUACCAGAACUUGAUAACCCAUGCAAACAAAUGCCAAAAUCAAGAUGUGUUGCUUCUUUUGUUUGUGAAGACAUCUCCUGAAAACCGUCCUCGGCGGGAUGCUAUCCGUGAGACAUGGGGCAAUGAACACUAUAUAUAUUCGGAGUUCAAAGCCACUAUAAAAGUGAUAUUUGUUUUGGGUGUAUAUAAAGAUCCCUCCCAGCGCAAUGUUAUACAGAGUAGAUUACUGGUGGAAGAUUUACAACAUGCAGACCUUAUCCAGCAGGAUUUUUAUGAUGACUUUUACAAUCUUACAUUGAAACUAAUCUUCCAGUUCAAGUGGGCAAAUAAUUUCUGCAAAAAUGCUAAAUUUGUCAUGUCUUCUGACGAUGAUGUUUUUGUACACACUCCAAAUUUAGUAAAAUACCUCUUACAGCUGGAUAAAGGGAUAAGUAAUUUCUGGAUUGGUCGAGUACACAAAGGUGCACCCCCUGUAAGGAACAAAAAAAGCAAAUACUAUGUUUCCUAUGAAAUGUACCAGUGGCCUGCUUAUCCUGACUAUACUGCAGGUGCUGCAUAUGUUGUGUCCCAGGAUGUGGCAGCAAAAGUUUAUGAGGCCUUAAUGACCCUAAACAGCAGUCUUUACAUUGAUGAUGUUUUUAUGGGUAUAUGUGCCAAAAAAAUGGGAGUAGAACCACAACAACAUAUGUAUUUUGCUGGUGAAGGAAAAGCCCCUUACCAUCCUUGUAUUUAUAAUCAAAUGAUGACUUCUCAUGACCAUGUGAAAGAUAUCCGUCAUUUGUGGCAAGAGGCGACAGAUUCAAAAGUGACUUCUCUCACCUCUGGAUUUUGGGGGGAGCUUUACUGUCGGCUGGUCAAAAUGUUUCUUCUCUGCAAACCAUACUAUGUAGAUACAUAUCCUUGCAGUGCUGCAUUUUCCUAAUGCAGUAACUACAUGAAAAUUGCACUGAUCUUUCCUUUUUACUUGUAUGGGAAACUGGCUGUAAAUAAACCUCAGAAGGAACGAUUUUAAUUUUAGACCAAGUUGACCAGUAACU